CGAGAGAAAAAGAAGAGAGAAAAAAAGUGGUGCAGCAGUCCGGGUUUUUGCUCCGAUCGACGACCAAACGAGCUCCGAUCGGGAUGAAAUUUUAGUAUGUUGUUCCUCACAUCCUCUUCUUCAUAUCCAACGGUGGGAUUGUUGUUUUGACCUCUCGAUGUCGGUAAAACUGCCUCUGUUCCUCUGCUGCGUUUUUGUAGGGUUUUCUCACUUUUGAGUGAAGAUUAUUGUUGUUUGGUGUUCCAAGUUGUUGCUUGAUGAUUGUGUAUAUCUCUAAUUGAUUUAGAGAGGAUUCUUGGUGUACCCACUGAUUUUUCUUGGUGAUUAGUGGAAGGCUUCAUGGUUUUCUCCCUGAUUUGGGGUUUCCACGUUAAAUCUUGGUGUUCGUUUAUCGUUUGAUUGAUUGCUUGUUGUUGUGUUUGCUAUUCUUGAUCGGUCAUAUGAUUUUGCCCAUUUUGACAACACAAAGACGGGAAAAUUAUUUAUUGCUUCCGCUAGAAAAUUGAGGUGAUUUUCCCAACAUGACGAAACCGAAGCAAGGGGUCAGGGUGCUCAGCACGGUGUUGCACGUGAGCUGUGCUUCUCCUACGGCCGCCGCCAUGGCGGUGCAGAGGAGAAGGAGGAUGGCCAUUGUUGUUUGCUUCUUGUUCAUGGAUGGGAAGAAAGAAGCCAUUGUUAUUGCCUUUAAGAAAUAUAAUGAUGGUUUGAUGAUGAUACAAAAAGAUGAUCGAGAACAAGUGUUAUUGUGGAUGUUUAUAUAUAGAUGCUAGCUAUGAUAAAUGGGCAAUAGAUUAUAUGACCUUUGAUGAUUAAUUAAUUAUGGGUUGAGUUAUGGCUGGGCAUCUGGGCUACUUAAUUAUGGUUUACUAAUCUCGUCGCAAAGUAUGGGCUAACUUUGACUCCUUUUUUUAAUUAAAUUAUGUGAUUUUUUUAGAAAUAGAUUAUACUAUCUUCGUCUCAGUGUAUUUGUUCAAUUUGACUUUUUCGAGUCAAACUGAACAAACUUUGAACUCCAAU